UUGGCACGCACUCGAAGAAACUCGUGGGAGAAGUUCAUUACGCCCGACAACAAGCACCUCGUGACGCCAGAAGCACUCGACUUUCUCGAAAAUUUGCUCAAGUACGACCAUCAAGAGCGCUUGACGGCGAAGGAGGCGAUGGCCCACCCGUUCUUCCAAGUCAUUCGCGACCACCACGACGCACAGCAAAAGGCUUGA